AUGCACCAGCCGCGCCGUCAUGGGGCCGACGACGUCGCCUUCUCGGCCUACAGCGCCGACAGCGAGGACUACUACGCGUUUCUACCGAGCGACGAGUCCAUGAGCGACGUCGAGGAAGCCCCGGUAUCGCCCAAACGCGAUUCAAAUUGUGACCCGGUGGACGAAUUGGCGUCGGUCUUCGCGUCCUCGAGCUCCAUCGGCUCCAGCUCGAAGGUUCUGACGCCCAUCGGUAGCUUAGGAGGCGGUGGCUCAACGCACAAAGAGGCCAAGGCCAAUAGAAAGCAGACUAAAGAUCCGGCUCCGGGGGUUUUCGACCUCGGAGGCGGCCAGGAGCUCAGGGUCUCACCUCGAGCUCUGGAGCAGCACAACGCGCGCAGAACGCAGCUGCAGGCGGCGCUGGACGCUGCUACGGGCGGUGGGAUGAGUGACGCAAACUAUGGGGAAGCGCCGUUCCGGUUCGCAACGCAGCACAAGAGAGUGGUCAAGUUUGCGGACGAGAUGGACGUGGUGGAAGCCUCGCCGGCUCCGGAGACCGAAAGGGUGGAAGGGCAUGCGCCGGAGAAGAAGAACUUUGGCAGGAGACAACCAAGACGAGAGGAACAAGGGGAAGAGGAUAGUGAUGACAGUGAGAACGAGACGGUUGAGCCGGAUCCUCUGUAUGACGAGCAGCUGGACGACGCGGACGAGCAGUGGGUGCAGACACACUUUGGUGGAGCUCGAGCUGCGAAGUCCAAGACGGAUGCUACGUUGUGCUGCCCGUGCUGCUUUGUGACGGUGUGCAUGAUUUGCGAGCGACAUGCAACGUACACCAACCAGUACCGAGCCACAGCAGCGAUCAACUGCCGCGUCAAGAAAGAUGAGAUUCUAGCGUACACGUCCAGUGAAGGCAGUCGCGUCCCAGCGUCGCUGCCGUUCCACAAGCGCCAAAACCUGACAGAAGGCAGCAAGGCUACUACUACGACUGGCCAGCAGAUCGCUCGACUGCUACAAGAAGAUGAGUUUUACCCCGUGGCGUGCUCGGAUUGUGGCACGAUGGUGGGCGUGUUCGACCGGGAGCAGCAAUACCACUUCUUCAACGCCUUACCCAGCAAUUGCUAG